AUGAAUAAUAUCCAAAGAGAAUUGAGUUAUAUUAGUAAAGAUCUUACUGAAAGUGAGUUGAGAGAAAGUGUUAAUAUUACUUCAGUUAGUAGCAUUAUUGGUUUGGAAGAUAAAGAUGAAAUAGCAAAUAUUAGUAAUGAUAAUUUAGGUUUAAGAUUUUUUUCAAGUACUGAGUUAGAUAUUGGUAAUAUUGUUGAUUUAAAAAUUAAUAUUAAUGAUAUUAAUGAGAAAAAAGAAUCUGAUACUAUUUCAAUACAAAUACAACCUCCAGAUCUGGCCGAUUUGAUUUAUGAUCCUAGUGAUAUAUUAAAUAGAUUUUUGGAAUAUGAAAGACAUUGA